UGGUGGGGUAUUCAGCUGAAGUCUAAUACAAUAGUGAUGGGAUGAGGUUAUAUUCAUUACAGAAGUGAAAUCGAUUACAUAAAAGUGUAAAGAUUGUCGUCAUUUUCAGGCAAUCUGUGGACACAAUUAAUUGUUCAUCAGGUGGAUGAGAGAAUGGGCACAAAUAGUUCAGAAGAGAAAUCGAAACAAUAUACCAAAGGAAACAUUCACAUCCCACUGAGUAAAAUAAAAGUUAAUCUCACAUCCCCAUCUGAAAUUAAGAAGCCGUGAUGGAUUGCAUGCCCCAACGUAAGAGAUCACUGAUGUAUAUUAAAUCAUCACUGGCAUCAUUAAAUCCAUAUGAUCUCCACAAGAAGCUCAUCAAUGAAUAUUUGUUAAGCUGUAAGGGCAGCACAUCACUGUUAAGAAGAGACAGGUCUCGAGAUAAAUGUGACAGUGAUGUUAUCCGGGAGAAUCAUCGGUUUCUGUGGGAUGAUGAUGAUAUUCCGGAUUCCUGGGAAGCCCAAUUAGCUAAGAAAUAUUAUGACAAAUUAUUCAAAGAAUAUUGUAUUUGUGACCUUAGCAGAUACAAGGAAAACAAGGUGGCUAUGCGAUGGCGUACAGAACAAGAAGUUGUUGUAGGGAAAGGCCAGUUUAGCUGUGGAGAAAAACACUGCUCAUCUAAGGAGGACUUACAUACAUGGGAAGUGAACUUUGGUUACGUUGAAAAUGGUGAAAAGAAGAAUGCACUAGUUAAAGCAAGACUUUGUACCAUGUGUUCAGAAAAAUUGAAUUACAAACAUAAAAGGCGUGAAAUUACACGUAAGAAAAAAAGAAGACUAAAAGGUCUUCCUGAAAUCGAACCUCAUAAAAAAUUGCGAAAGGAUGAGGAGGAUGAUACGGACUUGAACCAGGAAUUAAAUCCAGAAAUAAAAGAAGAGGAUGAAAGUGCAUUGUGGAGAGAGGCUCAUCAGGGAACAGAAGAGAAAACUAGAGAUCAAGAGUUUGAAGAAUAUUUAGAGGAUUUAUUCAUGUAAUAUAAGCAUGUGAGUGGCACAGCCCUCACAGUGUUUUGUAUGUGAUAUAUCAUGUACGAAUGUUGCAAUGUUUUCUUGUUAUGUGAAUAAAAUAUGCUAAAUAUGUCAA